CGCUCGCUUGUGUCCGCAGCUCUCCAGACUGAAGCAGGAGCUGGCCCAGGUGAAGCAGGAGCUGCAGUAUAAGGAAAUGGGAGUGGAGACCCUGCAGGAGAUUGAUAGGAAGAUUUCCUGCAGUCAGACAAACUACAAGCUGGAUGAGGCCCAGGCCAUCUUCAACGAGCUGCGGAGCAUCAAGAAGGCCAUCAGCACAGGCGAGAAGGAGAGGCAGGACCUCAUCCAGAGCCUGGCUAAGAUGACUGUUAACCUCCAAAGCAACCUGACCAUCAGCGAUGCAGCCAGCGAGGCGGCUAACAGCACCGCAGCCGCUGGCGACCCGUGCAACCAGCAGCAGUACUGCGACACCGGCUGUCAGACGGACAUCAUGGGAGAGUACGUUUCCCAGGAGUCUUCGCAUUUGGUGGACAAAGUCAAACUGAACUGGCAGUACGAGGAAGCCAAGAAAAAGGUGCAAAGCAUACAGCACCAACUCGCUCAGCUGGACGGUGAGAGUUGGUCGGGGCGCGCCGAAGCGGACCGCGACAGGGACUUCAUGCAGCUCCUGCGUGAGAAGGAGGCCCUUCUGCAGGAGCUCAUCCUGGUCAGCAAGCAGUCGCACUCACCAGACACGCAGCAGCAGCUGGAGGAGGAGCGCUGCAGGCUGGAGGAGGAAAUACAGAGAGCCCACAGCUCUCAGAGCCAGGGAGCCAAUCAGAGGUUGCUUCUUCAGGAGAAGAGGAAUGUGCUGCUCAGGCAGCUGCAGGAGGCCACGCGCAUCACCACCUACCUUCAUUCCCAGCUGAAAAGCCUGUCCGCCAGCUCUCUGACCGUCUCCUCCAGCAGCAGCCGCGGCUCUCUGGCCUCAAGCCGGGGCUCCCUGGCAUCCAGCCGAGGCUCCCUCAGCUCCAUCAGUUUCAGCGACAUCUACGGAGUCCCUCAGUACGAGCGCCACGACGGGCCGGCGGAGCCUCUCGACCCCCACGUCCGUUACCUGCUCCCCCCGGAGAGCAUGUCCAGAGACUGCUCUGUUUUCAGCCCCGACCACCUGACUCAGAACAAAAGCAAACGGUCCCACGACACCCCGCAGUCCCUGGCCUCCCUCUCCUCCCGCUCCUCGCUCUCGUCCCUGUCACCUCCCAGCUCACCCAUGGAGACGCCUUACCACUCCGCCCCGCAGGACUGCCCCCUCACCCUGAUGACGGAGGAGUACAUGGAGCAGGCGGGGCGUGGCCUGUUGGAGGGGCUGCGGGCACAGUCCCAACCCUUAUCGCACGGCGUCGUGAUGAGCAGCGAGGACGUGGUGAGUCCUGCCGCUCUGCAUCAGCUGGAUAACAAGAUCCAGAGAGACGGCGGCGCUCAGACAGCCUUCACUUCCACAGGCGUGACUCUGAGGGGAAACAGCGCCAACCGGAGCGGCAGGAGAGCCAGGAGAGUCUCUGCAGGGGUUUCUGAGGACGCUUUGGCCACGGACAGCGGCGUGUUUGAGGCCUGGGGCAAAAAGGCAGAAGAGUAUGAUGAGCUUUCAAAGGAUCUGCCUUCUGCAAGCGAGUCCACUCAGAUCCAACUCGGACUGCUGUGGGAAUCUGCUUCUCAGUCUCUGCGACUGCACGUGCUGCAGCUGAAGAAUCUCAACUGUUCCAAUGUGAGAGAAAGCUAUAAAGUCUAUGUGAAGGUCCACUUGAUUCCACUGGACGCCAGCAGGGCCUGUGCGUUCUACUGUUGUACCGCGUUGGAGCCACAAUGCCACAUGAGUUUCAACGAAGGCUUCCGUAUACCGGUCCCCGCUAACACCCUGGCGAUGUGCGCCCUGCAGCUGUCGCUCUGCUCGCUGGGACCUCAGGCUCAGGAGGAACUCCUGGGUACAGCCAAGCUGAGCCUGAUGGAUUGCGAGGGAAGUGCAGAGAUGGUUUACCACUGGCUGCGAGUCCAAAUGUUGAGCGGGACGGAUCCACAGAGACCCGAGCAGAAGAGUCUGAACAACCGCAGAAACGACAGUCAGGAGGAUGAACCACGACCUCGAGCUAAGGACACUGUCUGCAACCUGCUUUCGCGCUCCACCUCCACACAGGCAGAGGAGCGAGCCGCAGGGCUGGAGCUGCAGAGGGCUGAGAGGGAGGCGGCGUCUGAGAGGAGUUGGCAGGCAGAGUCUGUGGACAGCGGCUGCAGCAACAGCACGCCGUUUCCGACUCAUUGCUCUGAGGGUUUGUGCACUGAGGGUGUCUGUAUUUCCACCGGAGGGCGCUGUGAUCAGACUCCCAGCAGGCUCUCUGCAGUAAAGGUUGAAAAAGCCACGAUGACGGAGGGUCCGUUUCCAGAGCCGGUGCGAGUCCGACCCAAGGAGAGGGGAGGUCGCUGGGGCCACACAUCCCCGUUUAUGCGCGGCAGCACCAUCGUUCGCUCCCAGACCUUCUCACCUGGAGCACGCAGUCAGUACGUCUGCAGGUUAUAUCGCAGUGACAGCGACAGCUCCACCUUACCAAAGAAGUCACCUUUUGUCAGAAACACCCUGGAAAGAAGAACACUGCGAUAUAAACAGCAGCAGUCGUACCGCUCCUCACUGGCCGAGCAGCCGACACGGACCUCCCUGGACUUGGAGCUGGACCUCCAGGCCUGCAGGACCCGUCAGAGGCAGCUGAUGGAGGAGCUGAGCGCCCUGAGAGAACUCAAGCUGCGACUAGAGGAGCCGCAAUCGAACGAGGUUAACGAGCUCCCCAACUGGGCCCUGAGGGACGAGCGCUUCCGCUGCCUGCUCAGAGAGGCCCAGAGACAGGCAGGCCAGAGCAAACAGGAGCAGCGUCAGGAGGAGGCAGCGGAGAGGAGGCUGAGGAAGGCCUCCAAGGAGGUUCUGCAGAUGAGAGGCCAGAACCAGAAGGAGCCCCUUCCUGUGCAAACAUUCAGAGAGAAGAUGGCUUUUUUCACCAGACCAAGGUUUAACAUCCCCUCUCUGCCAGCUGACGAUGUGUGAGGCCUCUCCUCCGUAUUUUGUGACUCAACAUGAAGUAUUUGUCCAUUUUUUUUUUGUUUCCUGAGCUCAUGAAGUACAAAGUUGUUUCUGCUAAGGAUAGCAGACAUGUGACCUGCAGAUGAUGAAGACCUGAAUGUUAUAUUUCACAUUUUCAGAAGCCUUUUGUGUGCCUUUUUUUUUUCUUUCUUGCAAACACCCCCAGUCACUGACAAAAACCCGACUGUACAAUUUCCUUUUUUCUUUUUCUUUUUUCCCUCAGAGCCGUGUUUCUCUCUGACUCUGUGUGCGUUACUUCAGUUUGUGCUUACAAAAGGCUGGAAGACGGGAACAAAAGUCAGUUUGGACAAAUUCACUGUACUGUAACUUAUUUUAUAGUAGUUUUUUUUUUCCUUGAAGGAAAUAAAACGCUUCUUGCUUUUUAAAAUGUAUUUUGUAGCUUUUGAACAAAUAGCACUUCAGUGUUUUUACAUCCAGUAAAAUGAAACUAUUGUCUGAUGUUUGUUUUACGUAAUUCUUGAGAGGUAUUUACAUAAAAUGUCAUUGUGUAACCAAUUUAUUACAGAUGUCAUUGUUAUUUUGCUCUUGUUAUUAAAAUUAAUAUUAUUUCAUGUACUUUUCAAUAUAUAUAUAUGAAAGACUGUAUUCAGAUUAUUUUGUUUCUAUGAACAUUUGCAGUGCAGAUAAAACCAAUCAAUCUGCAUCCUGACACCUGCUGUUUUGUUUCAGGUGCCGGACUUUGUGAACGCUACCCGUUCUGCCGACGCAAACGUUUUCUUCGAAUCUGUCAAAGUGUUUACAUGCAGAUUUUCUCUCAAAAACCGCAGGCAGCUUCUGAUGACCCCGUUUUGAGUGUAAUUCUGCCAAUUCUUGAGAAGUCGCACCGCACGCGGCACGCAGGCAGCUGCAUCAGCUGCUUAUCUCCUCGCAACUUCCUGUCGAAGCAUUUCUACACGCAGCAGCUGAGGGGAGCAGCGGCGUUCCACUCGGUUUGUGCGAUAUAAGAGACGACGAAAAGGAGAAGUGGCAGGACUGGAUUUCUGUGGGUGGGGGG